AUGGCGGUUAACCGGGGACUGGGACUCUGUGUCAUCUUGGCCUUGGUCCUGCCCUGCACAACUGCACUCAAGUUUCGUCCCAAUGGCUCUUUCCGUAUCGUGCAGUUUACUGACCUGCACUACGGAGACCAGAUCACGGGCAACAAUGUUGUGAAUAAUGCCACAGCCUACUGGGACGAGCUGCUUCAGCCCACCUACCUUCGCAACCUGAGUUUCGCCACGCUCUUUGGCAACCAUGAUGACAACCCCUUUGAGAGCUCACUUAGCCAACACGGCCCUGCCAACGUGCCCGGUGUAUCCAAUUACGUGCUAGAGAUCGAAGGCUCGCAUGGCACCGUGACACCGUUGUUCAUGUUCGAUACGGGAGGAGGCACUUUGCCCGAGGUCAUCACCCAAGCGCAUGUCGACUGGUUUCGCAACGAGUCGGCCCGGGUGGCCGCUCGAAAUGGAAACAAGACUCUGCCUGGCAUGGCCUUUUUGCACAUUCCCAUGCCCGAGUUUGCAAGCGUGCAGCCCUCGUCAGCGGCCGCCUUGCGGGCACGACGUGGCUCGGCGACGGCCCCCUGCUUUGGCAUGGCCCAGGACGGCAUUUCACCCUAUACAGACAACAGCACCGGUCUCCUUGAUGCCAUGGCCAGUGCUGGCAGUGUCCAUGCUGCUAUUACUGGACACAAUCAUGGAAACGACUGGCUCUGUCGCCACUCUAAUGGCAUGUGGCUGGGCUUUGGCCGUCACAGUGGCUAUGGCGGUUAUGGAACAUGGGCGCGCGGUGCACGCGUGUACGAGCUGCAGGCGGGCAAGCCCGGUGCUACUUACACAUAUGUGCGCAUGGAGGAUGGAAGCAUCGAGGAUGCUGGCGUGCUCGAGCCCACCGCAUCAGUAUUACAAUGA